CUUUCCGUCGUGCCUUUCCAUUGGGUUCACCGGGCUUUCUCUUCCCGGGUACACGUAGGACGGUGCUCCUCUAGCGCUGCCGAGUUCGGCUGGGCGGGAUGGGUAAGGUAGGCUGGAGAGCCGAGUCACGCAGCCUGCGGAGCUAGUGAAGAAGGGCUAGUAGCUUCCGCGCAAAGUCCGGGCGUGGACGUAGCUGGGACGCGCAGGCCAGCCAGGCGCUGGGAGCUCGGGGCUCCUUCUUCCGGAGACCCCGACGCGUUGCCCGGCUACCGCGUCGACUCAUCUCCCGUCCACAGUCUCCAGGGCCGGGCCUCGCGGCCACCGAGGCACCCGGCCCCGAGCUCUCGCUGUUCUCCUCUCCAAUGAAUCAGAAGGUGCGCGCAGCCCUGCUGCCUCCCCAAGAUGUCGGAGACAAGGUGGAGACACUUAUGUUACAUCCAGUGAUCAAGGCUUUCCUGUGUGGCUCCAUCAGUGGGACCUGCUCUACCCUCCUUUUCCAGCCCCUGGAUCUCCUUAAAACACGCCUGCAGACUCUCCAGCCCUCAGACCAUGGGUCCAGACGUGUUGGCAUGUUGGCUGUAUUCUUGAAGGUGGUUCGCACUGAGAGUCUUUGGGGCCUUUGGAAAGGGAUGUCCCCUUCCAUCGUGAGAUGUGUCCCUGGCGUUGGAAUUUACUUUGGCACUCUCUACUCUUUGAAGCAGUAUUUCUUGCGAGGCCAUCCCCCUACUCCCCUGGAAUCGAUCAUGCUGGGUAUGAGCUCUCGCUCUGUUGCAGGGGUCUGCAUGUCACCUAUCACAGUGAUCAAGACACGCUAUGAGAGUGGAAAAUACGGCUAUGAGAGCAUCUACGCAGCUCUGAGAAGCAUUUACCGAAGUGAGGGACACCGAGGCCUGUUCAGCGGCCUGUCAGCAACUCUCCUUCGUGAUGCACCCUUUUCAGGAAUUUACCUGAUGUUUUACAGCCAGACCAAAGGCCUAGUGCUCCAUGACCAGUUGGAUGCAGUCUUUAUUCCUGUCAUAAAUUUCAGCUGUGGGAUAUUUGCUGGUAUUCUGGCCUCUCUGGUAACUCAACCUGCGGAUGUUAUCAAGACCCACAUGCAGCUCUCCCCAGUGAAGUUUCAGUGGAUAGGCCAAGCAGUAACUAUCAUUUUCAAAGACUAUGGGUUGCGUGGCUUCUUUCAAGGCAGUGUCCCCCGGGCCCUCCGUAGAACUCUGAUGGCAGCAAUGGCAUGGACGGUCUAUGAAGAGAUGAUGGCCAAAAUGGGCCUAAAGUCCUGAUAAAGAGGACCAGGAAAGGGUGGAAUCUGCUGUCCUGCUUGGUUCCUGUCAAGCACUGCUUUAUCUCAGCAUCUGGAGUCUGGUGAAGUGGAAAGCCAGGAAGAAACAUGUUUGCCUUCAGUCCCCAUUGAAGGAGAGACCUGCCUGGAGGCUUCAGAUUCCCAGAAAAGGAGUCACCAAUGCACAACACAGCCCACUAAAAAGUUGGGACAGAGGUUCGCACAUCCUGCAAACUACUUGAAAGGCAUUUCCAGAGAGAUGUCUGCCAGGUGGUUCUGCUUUAGCCACCUGCCUACACUAUAGCUCCUUGAGCAUGUGCUGGGGCAAGGAGUCAUAAUCCGGAGAAGCUGUAGGCCUCCUUCCAUGUCUAAGGAGCUCUACAUGGGGAAGACUAGAUCUGAGAAGAGACAUAGUGAUGUCUACCAGGUGAAGACUGUCUGAAGUAUACCAGGUGUAAGAAGAAAAUAUUUCAUUUAUUUGGUUCCUAAUCAUCUUCUCAGAGGCUCUGGAGAAUGGGGACAGUAACUUCCUAGUCUCUAAAUGUCCAAAGAAAAAUUUUUGCUGUUGGCCCCUGUACUGUUUCAACUCUAAGCUGUUCUGGCUUUUUUCCACAACUAAAGUUUGGAUUAAUAAAGUAAUAUUCUUUAUCAUUGAAA